AUGAACAACGGCGACACACAAGAUACAAAUGGCAGCGAGGGCGCUGCCUUGACCAAGCGCAAGCAAUGGUCCUCCUGCGACUUUUGUCGCGAGCGGAAGAAGAAAUGCGAUGCAAAGGAGCGCAAAGAGCUCGGCUUUGAGAAUUGCACACGAUGUAGCGAUAUCGACAAUAAAUGUACAUUUGGUUACAUUUCACAAAAGAAUGCAAGAAGGCGGCAGAUGAUGGCCAACAAGCAUGCCGCACAGCUAUCUCAGCAAGCAGGCGGUGGCGUGCCUACACCACCUGGUAGUAUGCAGAAUGGACAAUUUCAACAAUCUCUACAUCUACCACAGCAGCCGCAACCGCCUGUGCGAGGAUAUAGCGCAGGUGGUAUGCCAGUGCUUCAGGAAUCCGUGUAUGAGUCGUUCCGAAAUGCAACUGGGAGUCCUGAAUCUGCACAAAGCGAUCCAAACUUUGAUUAUACAGACUUCUUCCAGAGCAUGUCAGAGUAUGGCUCUGUGAAUGAUUCGCCGAGUAAGGAACACUCAAAGUGGCUGCACCGGAGUCAAUCGCAAGAUAGCUCCUGGUCUCGGCCUGAUCGCCCUGUUCAACCACCAAUUGUCCAUGCACGGCAGGAUCGGCGAUUCUCAACAUCCACCAUCAUCGAGCAGGACGUUUCGCCACAUGAGCAACAACCACAGGCGAGGCGACCGAGCAUGCAUGAAAGUAAAGCAACAGCACCGCCACUCAUGGAGCAAGACAUAAAUCAGCUUCUCUACGGCAACAAUGAUUUCGCUUCGCCUGUGCAAGAACUCAUGAAGGAAGCCUCGCCAAUAGAAACCAUCUACAGCACCAUGGUACAUCAACGCACACCCACAGGUCUAUCCGCUGAUCUCGAACUCAUGCUGAUUGAUGAAUUCAUGAGAUUCGCUGAUCAUCAGCUCCCCAUUCUCGAUGCGAGUAUGGUGUACAUGCGAUAUCGCUACCAAUUCCCGACACCCUUACCGGAAUAUUUCGUCUGUACGGUGGUUGCAUGUGGUGCUGCGUACAGUUGUAAAUCAGCGAGCGGUCAAGCUCCCGUCACAACGCCACAAGCAGAGCUCCUCUAUUCUCUUGCGAAACAGACCAUCAUGGCAGGAGCGAUCCAGGAUAACUCGAUUGAUGCAGUGUGUGCACUCAUGCUUAUUUCAUUCCACUGGCAGGGCGAGGUCACGGCCUUUGAGAGACAGAUGAUAACACAUCUCUCUGUGACUAAGAUCCAAGCACUUGGUCUGCAUACGGUUGAGGGUCUUGAACAUGGUCGUACGCGUCGAGAUAUCGCGCAUCUCAAGUUUGUCGUUUGGAUGAACUACCUGCUCGAUGCAUUCAGUUUCUUUGGCGAUGAGGAUGAGCAAGAAACCUACCUUGGCCAAGAAAUUGAGAUUGAUUUCUUGACGCUUGAGGAUCUAAGUUAUACGGGUGCCGAGUAUAUCACUGGUGUUCGGGAAGUGCUGCAUACGCAGAUUGGUUCGAAAUGGGUGGUUGACUUUGUCAAGGCCUUUGGUACACUUGCCAAGAUUCAAAAUAAGGCGACGCGCUUGAGAACCAGCAAAGGGGACCUCUUGACCUUGCUACCAGAAUUGGACGAUUGGCAACUUGAGUGGUGGACAGCCUUCAACUUGAAGAAUGUCGAAUGGCAUGAAGUGGAGCAAAUGGCGAAUGGCUAUGUGUCGCUCAACUUUGCCUACUACACGCUCGUCAUCUUUAUCCACAUUGAACCCAUCAAACCAUUCUUGGAGUUGACACAGAUGACGCUCAGCUCACCGUUGCCAGUUCUACCGAUUGCUGCAUUGGCAACGGAUCCAGGCCUGCAGUACAAUGUCGCAGCGUGUGUCGAUGCAGCACUCAGCAUGUGUCAGAUCUUCGAACGCAUGAUGACUUGUGGCAUACUCGAACAUACCUCACAGAUUGUCAGAGAACAGCUAUACUUUGGUGGUCGCAUUCUACAGCUCUUCUACCGCAAUCACAUUGGUGGCGUCAAUUUGCAACUAUUGAGUCGAUGGGAGAAGUGUCUUGAGAUUGCCGAGCUAGUCUGGGGAUCCAGCGAGCGCGGUCUUGAUCUGAACAGAAUGAGACUUGAGGAGCUUUAA